GGGGCGGGUCUGCAGUCCCGGACAGUCCUCCCGGACAGAGAUGCUUGUGUGGGACCCACCCCCAGGGGGCCCCGUGCAAGUGGGUGCACCCCAGUGACUGCCGCCUGUACCCCUAGAGAGUGGGGGGCGGCGUGGAGGGAGAUGCCCAGGGCACCCUGCACUUGGCUGCCGUGCAGAGCCCCAGUGUGGAGCGCACCCGCCCCAGGCCCCAGGGAGGCCUUCAGUGUCACUAGACCUAGCACCACCGUGGUCUCUGGAUUUGGCUCCAUGGAACCAUCUGGGAACCUCAGGAACCUUCCCGGUGGUCAUUGUGAACCCCAGAGGACCUCAGCUGGUGCUCUCGAGAUGUCCAGAAGGAACUUCUGGCUGGAGAAAUGGGAUCCAUUUUUGUCAUCAUAGCUCCAAGGACUUUGGCAUUGACCUCCUGUGGGGCUCGGUGUGCCCUCGCCUGUCCCCCCAACAUGCUAGGAAGGAGUGGAGACUCUGGGGCUGUGGCCUCUGUUCAUUGCUGUCCCACCCUAUCCCCGUUGGACUUUUUCUUCUGUAUGAUGACCCAGUUGACUUCAACUGGACUUUGGUGGAGACAGAAACCGCUUGUAAAACCACACAGCCCAAGGGAUAGGAGGACGAGCGAGGCUUCUGAAUCAAAGAUAGAGCUGAGCCCUUGGCCUUGACUAUACAGGAACGAACCAUGGGGGUGUUGAUGUCCAAGCGGCAGACAGUAGAGCAGGUGCAAAAGGUGAGCCUGGCUGUGUCAGCCUUCAAAGAUGGGCUGCGGGACAGGCCUUCCAUCAGACGUGUGGGUGAAAUACCAGGAUCUCGCCGUGGCACUGUGGAAGGCUCUGUGCAGGAAGUGCAGGAGGAGAAAGAAGUGGAGACAAAUGUCCCAGUGGUCCAGGAAGAGAGCAGUAUCAACCGUGCAGCCUGGGAGCGGCUCCGAGAUGGGCGUGGAGUUGAGCCUGAGGAGUUUGACAGGACCAGUCGAUUUACACCCCCUGCCUUCAUCCGCCCCACCCGGAAGCUGGAUGAUGACAAACCUCCAGAUAUCCGCUUGGACCCCCGCGAACCUGUUGUCAACGAUGAGAUGUGUGACAUCUGCGAAGUCUGGACAGCUGAGAGCCUCUUCCCAUGCAGAAUCUGCACCAGGGUUUUCCAUGAUGGUUGCCUGCGCCGUAUGGGCUACCUCCAAGGAGACAGUGCAGCAGAGGUGACCGAGAUGGCUCAUACAGAAACAGGCUGGAGCUGCCACUACUGUGACAACCUCAAUUUACUGCUUACAGAAGAGGAGAUGUACAGCCUUACAGAGACCUUUCAGCAGUGUAAAGUCAUCCCUGAUUGUUCCCUGACACUGGAGGACUUCCUGCGUUACCGCCACCAAGCAGCAAAGCGGGGGGACAGUAACAGGGCCCUGAGUGAUGAGCAAGAGGAGCAGGCAACUCGCCAGUUCGCAGCCUUGGACCCUGAACAUCGGGGCAUCGUAGAGUGGCCUGACUUCUUGUCCCAUGAAUCCCUCCUACUUCUGCAGCAGUUGCGUCCCCAGAAUUCUCUGUUGAGGCUUCUGACAGUCAAGGAGAGGGAACGAGCCCGAGCCACCUUCCUGGCACAGGGUAGCGGGAGCACCAUCAGUGAAGCAGAGUGCCACCGUGCCCAGCACUCCUGGUUCUGCAAACACCCUGCAGAGGCUCCUUCCUGUAGUGUCAGCAUCAGCCACGUGGGUCCCAUAGCAGACAGCAGCCCAGCCAGCAGCAGUAGCAAGAGUCAGGAUAAGGUCCUGCUGCCUGCAGAGCAGGAGCCCAGAUCUGUGGACUGGCCCACCUUUCUAAGAGAGAAUGUCAUCUACAUCUUGGCUGCUCGUCCCAAUAGUGGAGCCAUUCACCUGAAACCUCCAGGAUAGUGUGGGGCAGAGAAGCUCAGUUCUGGGACGGUGACAUCUACUCCCUCCUUUCCUUUCUCUUUCCUCUACCAGCCUCUGGCACUGAGACUCAUGGGAAUGGGGCACUGCCAGCAUCUUAAUUUGUCAUUAAGCGCUAUGGCACUGAAAUCACCAUUCCCCUCACAACAGAGGCAGUACGUGCAUUGCCACAAGGAGAAGUCCUAAGAGCUGUGGCAUCAUCUGCUACUGGACCACCUCUGCCCUCACAUUAUAAAACUACCUGCCACCACAUGCACAUGUGUGCACAUGCAUACACAGUCACAUACAUGCCUAGAUAUCCAUGUCUUCAAACUCCUAGUUUGUUUUCAAUGAAAAUGGACCAAUAUCCCUUUAUGAAACCCCUGGUACAAAUGAGGUGGUCUCUUCUCCUUCUGUUGGCCAGUUCUGAUUUUCAGUAGAAAUAAGGGGGCAGAUCAGACUCACAUCCCCUCCUGGAGAUGCUGAGAGGCCCCUCUGCCCCACUUUGAAACCCCCUUCUGUGAAAAGCCACUGUUACUAGUGAAUGUCUUUAUGUUUUUCAGGUGUAUUUGGGAUGGAAAACAGUUGAAAAUCACUCCCUGCAAUUUUUAAUAUAUAUUUAUAUUUUAAUUCCUAGUGACAGAAAAGACAACUAGCUUGUGGGAUUCUGACUGGAAAAGGGGGAGGCAUCCUCUCCUAGAGACACAGAAUUCUAAGAACUUCUAAGCCACGUAAUUCAAAGGCCCCAAGUCUUUAGCAGAACAGGAAAACCAAGGCAAGACUCCUGGCCUCUUUUUUCAGAUGGUAUAUGAUAGUCCAAAGCUCUAGGUACCUGAGUGGAAUGAAUAUACUAGCAGGAAUCACAGCUCUCUGUUAUAGAUGCCUCGACCAAGUCAGCUGCCACAGAGAUCAAUGAGGAUGCCAUUUGCAAGGAAGAGGAGAAGAGAAGGCUAGGCUUUUCCAUUUUCCCAGCCCAGCUUAACCACAGCUAUAACAAUGUGUCAUUAUAUGGAGAACAGUGUCAGCCUCUUACACAGCCUAAGGGAAACAGCUCUGCAGAAGCCCUAAGCAGGGACUCCUUUCAUUCAUGCUGAAAAAGAAUCAGAGACAACCAGGGCUUAAGAAGAUUUGCAUCUCAGCUCUUCAAGUAGAGGUCCUAGUCUAACCUCACAAAGGAGAAACUGUCUUCCCCAUCACUGAGAUGUGGCCUCCGUUGCUGCUUCUCCCUGCUGCUCACUACAUGUCUUUCUCUCUGUGCCAGGGAUUGGGACUGGCAUGGGAGGACUUUGGGGGCAAGCAGGCAGUGCCACAAGUACACAAAGCUUGCCUGGAAGCCCUGCCCACCCCACCCAGUUCCAAAAUUCUCAAGUCAGUGUAUGCUGUGGACAGCCCUAGCCCUAGGGGUCCAAGCUCUAUUGUCAGCCAAAUGACUUAGGUAUAGACAGUUAUUGGAGAGAAUUGAGCCAGGGCAUACAGAAGCUCACUAAUCUCCAUUGCUCAAGGUACUAAAGUGGAUGCUUGCAGAAGGAGCAUACCACUCAGUGUUGGGAUGCUCAAAGGAAAGCGGGGAAACUGCAACGGUAACAGCCCUGUUGUAAUAGCGCUGUGUAGUCUCCUACUAUAGGAACUGCCUGACCUAGCGUGGAGCUAGCGUGGAGCUGCUGCGGAUAU